UAACGAUCAUUGUAAAUUGUAUCAGAAUUGUUUCACAGUCAAAAUUUUUUUUGUUCUGCUCUGGCCUCUUUUUUUUCUGCCCUCCCUCUCCUUUGGUGAUACAUCAGAAAUUGACGGUCAAACAACUUUUAUGAUAGAUAUCAUACAUUCAAGAAGGCACUGACUCCAUUGAUUGAUAUAUGGUGAGAUGUCGGAAGAGUAUGAUUCAAGACGAAAAGAAUUGUAUGAGUUGAAUACAGAAGCUUGGACUCCUGAUUAUCAAUAUGAAGUUAAAGGGAAACUAGAUUCAUCCUUAAAGAAGAACACCACUUUUAUAAAGAAAGUACGAACUUAUAUCAACCAUGAUCAAUAUAAAGGGGUGAUCACUGAUAUUCUAACCACAUCGCUUGAGAAGUAUCUCUCUGAGAUUAUAGCGUCCUUAGUGGAAGGAUUGAUUAAAAUAUCCAAACAUGAUGAUAUAAUUGCAGCUGUUGAGGUGGUAUCAUUAUUACAUCAAAGAUUUGCAUCAAAGUUUACUUCUCCUUUAUUAAGUAACUUUUUAUAUAUUCUAUCUAAUCCAGAUAGACAACAAUUACAACAACUCUCUGAUCAAGAGAGAGAUAGAGAGGAAAUAUCCCGACUUUCAAGACAAAAGAAUAUAUUACGCUUAUUGGGAGAAUUCAAUAUCGUGGGCAUAUUCCGAAAUUUAAGAGAUACAACUCCAGAAUUAGUGCCUGAUGAAAUCAUGAAGAGAUUUGGAAAGGCAUCUUCAGAAUCAAUUAUAACAGUCAUGCUUAAAAAUAUUCUUAAUUUUGAAAUUAAACUGGGGAAUUCAUUAUUUAUAGUUUCAUCAUAUUUAAAAAGAUUUCAACAUAUUUUCAAAGAUGAUAAUAAUGAUUUAUUACCUCCUAAAGUAAGACAAAUGAUUAAAAAUAUAUUUCAACUUUAUUCAGCUGAGAUUUCAAAUAUAACAGUUAUGUUAAAUGAUAAAGUUUAUGGAUUAAAGAAACGAAAUAUUAAAGCUUCCAUCAGAACUGGGAGAAUAUUAGAAGAAAAUGAAUCUGAAUUGGUUAAAACUGAAGAAUUAUUUGAAAAAUUCAAAACAGGGAAUGAAUUAAUUGCAUCUAUUUUUGAUAUUCAAUUAGAAACCAUCAAUGAUAGACGUGAUUCAAUUUCUCUUGAUGAUAUGACGAAUCUGGUUGAAGUUGUCAAACAAAAGACUGAGGAUGAAGAAUCAGUAGGUUAUUGGGGUGAUAUCAAAGAAAAGAACUUUUAUACCAAGAUCCCUACUUUACAAGAAUUACAAGAAGAAUAUGAAGAAAGACCAAGUGAAGAAUUAUCCGAUGGUGAAAUAGUUGCCAAUCUCUUACAAAGAUUACAAGUUGCCAAUGAUAAUGAUAUAGAUUUUAUGGCCAUUGAAUUUUAUCGUUCCAAUCUUUUGAAUAAAGCUACCUCAAAUAGAUUAUUAAAGUUUUUAAUUGAAGAUUCAGAUGUUAAUAAUUUAAAGUAUUAUACUCGAUUUCUUAAGAUUCUUGAAGAUCCCUUACAAGAUGUCAUAACCACAUUAAGAGAUUAUUUGGAUAAAGGGUUCCGAUCCCAAAUUUAUCAUAAUAAGUUAAACUUCAAGAAUAUAUUUUUCUUUGUGGAAUUAAUCAAAUUUAAAUUGGUUCCAAGUUAUGUUAUAUUUCAUAAAAUCAGAACCUUAACUUUAAAUAUCGCAGCAUCAAACAAUAUAGAUGUCUUAUCGGUGUUUUAUGAACAUGUGGGUAGAUUCUUACUUCAAGAACCCGAAUAUAAAGAAUUCACGCUUGAAAUGAUUAAUCUUUUAAGAGAAAAGAAAAGAAGUCAAAGCAUGACCAUUAAUGAAAAACUUGCUAUCAAUAAUUUAUUAUUAAGUAUCAAUCCUCCUACAAUUAAUACAAUCAAGACUGCUGAUAGAUCCGUUAAAUUGACUGAUGUGGAGAAAUAUAUUCAAAGAUUAUUGAAAGUUGAAUUAAAUGAGAGAACAGCAAAUAUCAUUUCAUCUGAGAUAAACAAAGUAGAUCUUAGAAGUAAUGAAACAUUUGUGGUUCAAUGUUUCUCUCAUCCUGAUUUAAUCAAUUAUGAUAAUAUUCAUGCUUUAGCAUUUGUACUUAAACUGGUACGUAAAAAUAUCGUGAUUAGAACCGUUGAUUUCUUAAUUGAAAACAUUAUAAGAGGUCUUGAAGAGAAUGAUUAUAGACGUAAUAGAAUAAGAAUGUCCCAUAUGAAAUAUUUAGCUGAAUUAUUUAAUUUUAAAUUGGUUAAUUUCAAAUUCAUCAAUGCUGUAUUAAAUAAAAUCCUUUGUUAUGGACAUCCCAAUAAUCAACCCCUUCCAAAUAAUUAUUCCGUUAAAAUGGAUUCAGCAGAUAAUUAUUUCAGAAUUCAACUUUGUUGCUUAUUGUUGAUUUCAAUUGAUACAAGUGCUAAUACUAUUAAAAGAACUCGUUCCAAACGUGGACGUCUGAGAGGUUCUCGUAUAAAUAAGGAAUUAUUGAGGACAUUUUUUGCAUUUUUCCAAUAUUAUGUGUUCUGUAAACAACAACCUGUACCCGUUGAUUUGGAAUUUAAAUUACAUGAUUUGUUUGAGAAGUAUGGUGAAAUUGAUGGUAUUGAAAGAUAUGAAAGUUUAGGUGAAACUUUACAAAAGUUGAAAGAAAUUGUGGAGAAGAAAGGACUUGGAGCUCAAGACCAUUUCAGUGAUGAAGAUGAAGAUGAUGAUGAUGAUCUGGAAGAUGAAGAAAUAGAGGAGGAAGAUGAUGAUUCUGAUGAUGAUCUGGAAGACGAAGAUGAAGAAGAUGAAGAGGAAUUGUUGGGUGAUGAAGCUGUCGCCAAAGUACUUUCAUAUAAAUCUACCAAUUCUGAAACUGGUGAUGAUGAUGAUGAUGAUGUAAACCUUGAUGCUUCUGUUACGCGUGGUGAUAUUGAUUCAAGGAAACGAGAUACUAAUAAAUUUGCUGAUGAUCUCGGAAAGGAAUUUCAAAAGAUUUUAACUGAAUCUUAUGAAACAAAUUUAAAGAAUGUCACUUUAAAUACAAGACAUUCAAUUGGGAAUCCAGUUUCAAUUCCUCAAACCAAAGAUGAAAGUAAAAUAACAAACGGGAAGUUGGCGUUCAGACUUCUUACUAAAAAUGGAAAUGUCGCAAAGAAGAUUGAAUUACCUUCCGAUGCCAAAUUUGCAACUUCUAUAAUAAGAGAAAGAGAAAAUAGACAAAGAGAUAAAGAAAGAAUCAUGAAGUUAGCCUUAGAUAUGGAAAAUUAAAUUUUUCAUUAUAUAUAUACAUAUAU